AUGAUAUUACUGAAUUCCGUCCUAAUUGUCAAUCAAACAUGUCUUGAAAAGGAAUCUCGAAUUCCAACUCUGUUGGAAUCCAUGAUUCCUUCUGUUUCUACCCUCACAAACUACAAUACUAAUAAAAGCUUAUUACAUGGUUUCAGCGAAGUAGAAUACAAUAAGGCAAAAAGGUUAUUAUGGGAGUUGUUGAACACCUUCAUCUAUAUGGAGCCAAGGUUUAUACAGAAUCAUUCAAAGUGGAAUACCAAUAACAGAUCCCAACAUCAAAAUAUGAAUGCUUGUAUUUGUGUCAUAAAUAUAGUGAAGUCAUCUUAUGGUGUGAGAGAAAGACUGUUUAAUAAUGUGAAGAGGCAAGCACUACCUAAAGCGAAGUAG